CCGCCAUUAAACAGAAAGAAGAAGGAGCAGGAAGCAACAUCGUGGAUUCCAACCAACAUAAAACCCUCAUUGAAGAAGACACAGCAGCAGUCGCAGAAAACAGAAGAUCGAAAUGGCGGCGCCAGCAGAGAGGAUGGAGGUUUCUCAGGGGGAGAGCUCAGCCAAGCCUGCAGCAGAGGACAUGACGUCAAAGGACUACUACUUUGACUCAUACGCCCACUUUGGCAUCCACGAGGAGAUGCUGAAAGAUGAGGUUCGCACUCUGACCUAUCGCAAUUCCAUGUUCCACAACAAGCAUCUGUUUAAGGACAAGGUGGUGCUGGAUGUGGGCAGCGGGACAGGCAUCCUCUGCAUGUUUGCUGCCAAAGCCGGAGCCAAGAAGGUUAUAGGGAUAGAGUGCAGCAGCAUCUCAGACUACGCUGUGAAAAUUGUCAAGGCCAACAAGAUGGAUGAUGUUGUGACCAUCAUCAAGGGGAAGGUGGAGGAGGUGGACCUGCCCGUGGAUGGAGUGGACAUCAUCAUAUCAGAGUGGAUGGGCUACUGCCUCUUCUAUGAGUCCAUGCUCAAUACAGUCAUUUAUGCCAGGGACAAGUGGCUGAAGCCAGAUGGACUCAUUUUCCCAGACAGGGCAACCCUUUAUGUCACUGCCAUUGAAGACAGGCAGUACAAAGACUACAAAAUCCACUGGUGGGAGAACGUGUAUGGUUUUGAUAUGUCGUGCAUCAAGGAGGUGGCAAUCAAGGAGCCCCUGGUUGACGUGGUGGACCCAAAGCAGCUGGUCAGUAGCGCCUGUCUCAUCAAGGAGGUGGACAUCUACACGGUGAAGUUGGAGGACCUGUCCUUCACCUCACCGUUCUGCCUGCAGGUGAAGAGGAACGACUACAUCCACGCUUUGGUCACCUACUUCAACAUAGAGUUCACCCGCUGUCACAAGAGGACCGGCUUCUCGACCAGCCCAGAGUCCCCCUACACCCACUGGAAGCAGACGGUCUUCUACCUGGAUGAUUACCUGACGGUCAAGACUGGCGAGGAGAUCUUUGGCACGAUCAACAUGAAGCCAAACGUCAAGAACAAUAGGGACCUGGACUUCACCGUAGACAUCGACUUCAAGGGUCAGCUGUGUGAGGUGUCGAAGACGUCCGAGUACAGGAUGCGUUAGAAGCGUCACUCCCUCCCUGUGUUUAGUUUUGUCUUUAUAAGAGGACAUAUUAUGCUGUUUGACUUGGAGUCUGUACAAUAGUUUGAUCCUCCCCCAUGCAGCAACAUUUUAAUAAUUGUAUUUUUUUUGUUUAGUUUUUGGGUCAUUUUCAUGUUCAAACGUUAACAGUAUUUAAAAGGUCUUCACAUCUUUGGGGGUCAAAGUGCAUUGGCGUGGUGAUUCAUUGUGCUGUAGUCGCUCAACAAAAUGCACGUUUUGACGUGUUCCCCGGUCGUCUGUGUCCCAACAUCCUUUUUUGGGUUGUUCAUGUCUUUGGCACGUGUGGCGACCCAUACAGACACCCGACACGAUAGCCGUGCUGACAUGUCUGCCUAGUGUUACCGUCGAGUCACUUUGGCCCUCCUGUAUGGUCAUUACAAUGACCCCGCUACUGAUCUCUCCUCCUUUCUCAUUGUGUUAAAAGCUGUGUGGGUUUUGGAUUUCUGUAUACUCAAGAAGCCCCGCCUCCUCUACUUGUGUCAGUAGAAACCAUAUGUAACUGUUAAAGCUGUCCACCGACCAAAAACAGCCAUGUAAAAACAAGGGUGUGGCGCUCCAGGUUGCAAUGAGAUGACCUAGUACACACCAGGAAAAGUGUAUCGUGACUGAGGCACAGCAUUCUCUGUAAAGUUAUGUCCCAGACUACAUACUAAUUCUGCACAGUACAAACUAUAUACUAUUCGUCAUAGUUUUAGCUUGUAGUAUACAGAAUGUCCAGAUAUUUUUAUUACUUAAAUGGGAAUAUGUGUAUGUUGUGUGUAAAUCAAACUGCAUUUUUUUUUGUAAAGCUGCCAAUUGAACUUCAAAGAUAUUAAAAUUUCUCAAGUAAAACUUUUUUUUUUUCUCCCCAUGUUCUUUAUUAAAAAAAAAAAAAAAAAAAAAAACACCACCUUCAAUUUAUGUUGGUGUUUAUCAGCUGUAAGCAGCUCUUGCAGUUCCUUUGGGGGAGAAUGGUGUGCAUCAACUGCUCACUUGAAAACCUAACUGCAUUUAGUGUGGGUACUGUUUUUUUUGAGUGAACCGCAUUUUGUCCUUUUUUGGUUACCCCUGCAUAGUGAAAACCUGUUUAGAAUCAGUAUGUAGCAUAGCUUUGGGACAAGAUCUGAGAUGCUGCG